AUGCCUCCUCUCAGCUCCCAACCUUCUAAGGCGCCACCUCUUUCUCAAGAAACUCCAUUGGAGCGCAAGGAUAGAAAGACAUGGGCACCUGCUGAUGAUGAAGUCCUGAUCUCUGCAUGGCUCAACACUUCAAAGGAUGCCAUUGUUGCAAAUCAACAAAAGAGAGGAAGCUUCUGGCAAAGGAUUAGCCGGUACUAUGCUGACUCUCCUCAUGCUAGAAAUGGUGGUGAACAGAUGCUGGUGACACAUUGCAAGCAGCAUGCAGAGAGACUGAACAGCUCUGGUCAUUCUGAAAAUGAUAUCCUAAAGAAUGCACAUGAUAUCUACUUCUCUGACCAUAAGAAGAAGUUUAACCUUGAACAUUGUUGGUGUCUGUUAAGGUAUGAGCAGAAAUGGCUCAGCCUUAACGCUAUUAACACGCCUCCAUCUCAGCCUGCAACAAAGAGGAAACCAGCUGCUGAAGGUUCACAAGCAUCAAGCUGCAAUGUUGAGGACUAUGAGAAAAGGCCAGAAGGGAUCAAGGCUCCAAAGGCAAAGAGGAACAAUGCUCAGUCCACAUACAUGAAGACUCUUGCUCAGUAUAAGAGCAUGUGGGAUGUCAAGAAAGAGGAAUUGGCUGAAUAG